AUGACACCAUUGGGUUGCUUCCGUCACCUUCAUUGGCUUAACUCGUCUCUCACUCCCCCACCUCCGCACGCCAACCCACUCAAUCCCUCACUUGACCUUCCCUCACUGCCAUUCCCCAUCCUCCCUCUGCCGCUUCCCGUCCCUCAUUCCCCUUCCCGCAUUCUCCUUCUCCCACUCCCUUUCGCUCACACUCCUCUCAUUCCUGCUCCUACUACUCUUCCCUCACUCCCCUUCCCUCACUCCCCUUUCCUCAUUCUCCCUCUCCCAUUCGCCUUCCCUCAAUCCCCUUCCCUUACUCCACUUUCCUCAUUCUCCCUCUCCCAUUCCCCUUCCCGCACACCCCUUCCCACAUUCUUCCUUUCCCACGCCCUUUCCCUCACUGUCCUUCCCUCAUACUCCUCUCCCUCUCCCCAUCUCUCACUCCCCUUCCCUCACUCCUCUUCCCAUAUUCUCCCAUUCCCUUUCCCUCAGUUUCCCAAUUCCCUUCCGUCACCCCGCUCCCUCUCCCAUUCCCCUGCCUUCACUCCCCUUCCCUCACUUCCUCCGCCCGCCAGCCUCUCCAACUUCCUCUGUCUCAAAUGUCCUUCUUUCACGUGCCCUUCCCUUUCUUUCUUUGCCUCAACUCUCGUUUCCUCAAUCUCCCUAACCUCACUUCCCUCUUACUCGUUCCUUCGUGUACCACUUCUCUCCCGCAUCUCAACUCCUCCCCAUUCUUACCUCUGA